AUGGGCACUACAUUCAAGGACAAUACACCACUUAUAAUUCCACAGUACAAAAGAUUUUUCACGAAGGAUGGACACAGCAACCUCAAGAUGGAAGUUCUCUCCUGUAAAAGCCUCCUAUACAUUCAGGACAUCUGGUCAACUCUGGUGGAAAUGAGAUGGCGCUGGAUGUUACUGACUUUCUCGGGAGCAUUUGUUGCCCACUGGCUCUUUUUUGCCUGUUUCUGGUAUUUGCUGGCAUACGUGAAUGGUGAUUUCGAUGUGCCAGAUCAUAGUAUUCCUCCUGAAAACCAUACCAUCUGUGUGAAAUACAUUGACACCUUCACAGCAGCUUUCUCCUUCUCACUGGAAACUCAGCUGACAAUUGGCUAUGGAACCAUGUACCCUGAUGGAGACUGUCCAGCUGCCAUUGCGCUACUUGCUAUUCAGAUGCUGUUGGGUCUUAUGCUGGAAGCUUUAAUUACAGGUGCUUUUGUGGCAAAGAUUGCUAGACCAAAGCUAAGAGCAACUGCAAUUAAAUUCACUUACUUUGCCACUGUGGGACAUCAUGAAGGAAAACCAUGCCUGAUGUUCAGAGUAGCCAACAUACGCCAAAGUCCAUUAAUUGAUGUUAAAAUUACUGCAAUUCUCUACCAAGAGUACAAAAGCCAACAUCUUCACCAGACCAGUGUUGACUUCCGCACUGACCAUUUAAGUUCGAACGAAUGCCCAUACUUUGUCUUUCCACUCAUGUUUUAUCAUACGAUUGAUCAACGCAGCCCUCUUUAUCCACUGAUUCAGGGAAAGGUGCGAUCGCACUUUGAGAUCGUCAUCUUUCUGUCAGCAAAACAAGAAGGUACAGGAGAGACUUGCCAGAAACGAACCUCGUAUAUUCCCGAGGAAAUUAAGUUCAGUCAACAGUUUGCCUCCGUGAUGAGCCAUAAUUCCAAAGGGUACUACAAGAUUGUCAUGGAUAACUUUGACAAGACGGUUUCAGAAUUUUGUGCAGUGUCCAGUCCCAAAGAUGUGCAGCGGUAUGACUUCAUCAGCAUUAACGGUGAUCCUGUUGAUUCUAUCAUUUUCCGAGAUAGUGCUGUAUGA